AUGUACUGCAAGCUCGUUGAGCACGUGCCUGGACAGCCUGCCAGGCACCCCCAGUGCCGCAUCUGUGACCAGAGGAGCAGAGUUCCGCACCAACGACACCCAAUAACAAAUGCCAUUGAUGGCAAGAACACUUGGUGGCAAAGCCCAAGCAUCCAGAAUGGAAUUGAAUACCAUUAUGUGACCAUUACCUUGGACCUCCAACAGGUUUUCCAGAUUGCCUAUGUUAUUGUGAAGGCAGCCAACUCCCCUCGGCCUGGGAACUGGAUCCUGGAGCGCUCUCUGGACGGGGAGGACUACCAGCCCUGGCAGUACUACGCCAUCACCGACAGCGAGUGCCUGACGCGCUACAACGUGCCCCCUCGCCCUGGAACCCCUUCUUACCUGAAAGAUGAUGAAGUUAUCUGCACUUCUUAUUAUUCCAAAAUCCAUCCUUUGGAGAAUGGAGAGAUCCACACUUCUCUAAUUAAUGGAAGGCCCAGCGCUGAUGACCCCUCCCAGGUGCUGCUGGAGUUCACCUCCGCUCGCUUCAUUCGCCUGAGGUUCCAGAGGAUUCGGACUCUGAAUGCUGACUUAAUGAUGUUUGCACACAAGGACCCCAAGGAGAUCGACCCCAUCGUGACCAGGAGGUAUUACUACUCCAUAAAGGACAUCUCUGUUGGAGGCAUGUGCAUAUGUUCAGGCCAUGCCAAGGCGUGCCCACUGGAUCCAGCCACCAAUAAAUCUGUCUGCCAGUGUGAGCACAACACCUGUGGAGAGACGUGUGACCGCUGCUGCCCCGGCUUCCACCAGCGGCCCUGGCAAGCUGGCACCUUCCUGGAGAAGCACGAAUGUGAACCUUGCAACUGCCACGGGAAGACCGAGGAGUGCUACUACGACCAGGGUGUGGCGGAGCGAAGGCAGAGCUUGAACGUGCAGGGGGAGUACGUCGGGGGCGGGGUGUGUGUGAACUGCACCAACCACACCGGCGGCAUCAACUGCCAGACCUGCCUCGAUGGCUACUUCCGACCCCAGGGGGUGUUGCCAGAUAGCCCAGAUCCAUGCCAGCCAUGUUCCUGUGAUCCAGUUGGGUCCUUGCAUGAGACCUGUGUCAAAGAUGAGAAACAUGCAGAAGGAGAUAUGCUGCCUGGUUUCUGCCACUGCAAGACUGGCUAUGCAGGAGAGAGCUGCAAUAGAUGUGCCUUGGGCUAUACAGGAUACCCUGAGUGCCUGCCCUGCAACUGCUCAGUGCAGGGCAGUAUGAAUGCUGACCCCUGCAUAGGUCCCUGUGUCUGCAAGGAGCACACUGAAGGAGAGAACUGUGACCGCUGCAAGCCAGGCUUCUUCAAUCUGCAGCAGAGCAAUCCCAAAGGCUGUGAGGAAUGCUUCUGUUCUGGGAAAACAGAUGUCUGCACACCCUCUCACCUCACCUACAGAAGGAUAGAAGAUAUGAGUGGCUGGUAUCUGACUGAUUUGCCAGGUCUCACCAGAGUUUCCCCCAAGCAACAGAGAGUUGAUGGGCACCAGCAGCUCAGCAUCAGCAACGUGGCUGCGAGUCAAGUGCUGCCCCAGGCUUACUACUGGAGUGCACCGAGCUCUUACUUGGGCAACAAAGUAAGUGCAGAUGGUUAA